AUGACUUGUGGCAUUGUCGCGGCAGCAUUAGACAAGCAGUUACCAGCCCUAGGAAUGCUCGUGAGAUCUGCUCAGCCUACGGUGUCGCCGGUGGAGAAACCCUCUACAGACUCACGUGAAGCCAAGGAGGAGCUCUCGCGAGAUUAA